UCGGCGGCGGCGGCCAGGGUGGGCGUGGCUGCCCGCGUGACGUCACCAAGCUCCUUGAGAGAACCGGGCGAGCUGCAAGAAGGCGCACGCAGAAGCCGCGGAAGGAGGCGAGCACCAAUAAAAACAUUUAAAGAGAUCCUUGGGAAAAACUGCCUCUGGAGCAGUGAAGUGUCUUCAUGGCAGUUCGUAGAGGACACAUUCAGUACUUGGAUCAGGAGGUAUACGACAUGUCCAACGGAUACGAAGACCACAUGGCGGGGGAGGACGCCAAGGACCCCAAGACCAACCUGAUCGUCAACUACCUGCCCCAGAGCAUGGCGCAGGAGGACUUGCGCAAGCUCUUCAGCACCGUAGGCGAAGUGGAGUCAGCCAAGCUGAUUCGAGACAAAGUCGCAGGCCACAGUUUAGGGUACGGAUUUGUUAACUAUGUUAACCCUAGUGAUGCAGGCAGAGCUAUCGAAUCACUGAACGGACUAAGGCUACAGUCCAAAACUAUCAAGGUGUCGUACGCACGGCCCAGCUCUGAUACCAUCAAGGAUGCCAACCUGUAUAUCAGCGGCCUGCCCAUGUCCAUGACCCAAAAGGACGUGGAGAAAAUGUUUACAUGUUUUGGCCGCAUCAUUAAUUCCCGCGUGCUCGUCGACCAGAACUCAGGCAUGUCCCGCGGGGUGGCGUUCAUCCGCUUUGAUAAGCGGUCCGAGGCCGAGGAGGCGGUCAAGAGCCUCAACGGUCAAAAGCCGCACGGGGUCUCUGAUCCUAUCGCGGUCAGGUUUGCUGGCAACCCCAAUCAGGUGAAGAACAGCCAAAUCGUCUCCCAGCUCUACCACAACCAGUCCAGGCGCUUCCCCGGGCCCAUGCACCACCAGGCUCAGCGCUUCAGGUUCUCCCCGAUGAGCGUGGACCACAUGGGCGGCGUCCCCGGGAACCCCGCGUCCGGCUGGUGCAUCUUCAUCUACAACCUGAACCAGGACGCCGACGAGAGCGUCCUCUGGCAGAUGUUUGGGCCCUUCGGCGCCGUCACCAACGUCAAGGUGAUCCGCGACUUCAACACCAACAAGUGCAAAGGCUUCGGCUUCGUCACCAUGACUAACUACGAGGAGGCCGCCAUGGCCAUCGCCAGCCUCAACGGCUACCGGCUGGGAGACAAGACGCUGCAAGUGUCCUUCAAGACCAGCAAGGGCCACAAGUAACAGCCGGGGGAAUGUCCGGUCGGUGUUUCCACACGGUUAAUGAUGUUCAGUCUUCUGCACCUUGUCUAAAAAGUGUCUCGGAACUAUUCAUGUUGUUUGUUCUCGGUUUUCACAUUUGAAACAUGGCGGCAAAAAUCCCAAACACAGGAAAAGUCACCUGUGGCGACGAGUGUGCGCCCAGGAGGCAGACUUCCUGUGAAAUGGUGUCCACGUUUCUUUGAUUAACGCCCUCACGUGGAGCCAAGGUUAGCUGUGAGCAGAAAAGCAGUAAGUACACAGUAGGGAGACGUAAAAGCCUUCAAUUGUCAUCCAGCACUUUGUCUUUCUGUCCCUUCCUGCAAGUGAACUUUGAUGAUGGUUAUAUUUGUGCUCAAGUCGGUGUGAUGGACCAAAAGCUGUUAGUUUUUUGUCAAGCGGUACGAAGAUUUCCAUCAGACUCAAUGCAUCUUUACUUGUUUUGACUUCUUUUACGUAGUUGUUUUUAGUGCUCAUCUUAAGUUUGGAGUGAAAUGAACAGCCUUGUUACUAAUUUUUACUUUUUAAUUGCUUUCCCUUUUUCUUUCACUUGUUCCCCCUCCACUUCCACCAUUAAAUUUACUUUUGUUUUGCCAAACGUUUGCUUUGGUUCAUUUCUUUUCACAGCAGUUUAAGUUUUGAAUGGCCCAAAUGGAUUAGUUAAAAGAAUAUAUCCUGUAUACAAAAGAUUUAAAGCUUUUCUAAAAUAAUAUAUGAAUAAAUUAAAGAGGCUGGGUUCUGGUAGGGAUUUGAACCUCCAGCAUGUGCAAUUUCUUUUUGUGUUGGCAACGAGCUGUAAUUUCCCGACACGUUGAACUAACUUUAUUUUUGCCCCUCGGAGUCUUAAAAUGUGUGCAAACAUGCCAAUAUGUGCUGCCUUUCUCAAGGCAGCUAACAACUCUAAUGUAUGUUCAUCUUGAUUUGUUUUUCUACUGACAGCUGCCACUGCUUGGAAUGCAAGCAAAAAGAUGCUGCUUUGGGCCUUAAAUUAGCGAGAGAAGGCGCUGUGUGGUUCCUUUGUGAAGGUACGCAAACUAUCUGUUCAUGUAUGCAGCCGUCAAUACUAAAGUGUGUGUAAAAAUGUCGGAUCAUUUCAAUAAAGCAAUGGUGGCUUUUAUUUCAAAGAAUGAA